GUAGAUUUUGGUCAGCCAAGGAAAUUUCCAUCUCUGGUAAAUUCCUUCUGGUUCUGGACUUCGUUGUUACGGCCAAAGGCCAAAAGCUUGUCCCGAAGGCAGCAGCACGAGAGGAGGAAAGGCAAGGGCGGAGAACCGGGGAUUGGAGCAGCGAAAGAUGCCGUUGGGGAAAUACUAUUGCGACUACUGCGACAAGCAGUUCCAGGACACCCCCGCCGCUCGGAAGCGCCACCUGCAGGGCGUCCAGCACCAGCGCGCCCGCGCCCUCUGGUACGAUACCGUCCGCCACCAAGAUCAGCACGGCGGCGCUUCCUCCCUCCUCCUGCCGGACGGCACCCUCGCCAAGGGCGUCUGCCACCACUUUGUCCGCACGGGGACUUGCAAGUAUGGGGAUUCAUGUAGAUACUUCCAUCCCAAGCCAGAUGGUGCAAAUCCAUCGUUAGCUGCACCAGGGCCUGGGCCUGGAGCCAUGGUGCAUCAGUCUAAUUUUCUUGUCAGCCAACCCAAUCUUGUUGGAUACCAGGCAGCAGAACGAAAUUCUUUCUCAGGGAACGUACUCGGUGCCCACUCCUCAUGGGGCAACUUACCGCCGUCGCUGCAACCCCCUCCUGAAGGCGGCUAUCCUCCCCUUCCUUUCGUCGACUGGGGCUGAAGGAGCGUCACCUCAUGCUGAACACCGAUUGGUCAAUUGCUAAAACCCCUAUGCUCCAAGUUUGCAAUUGCAGAGCAUGGCGGCACGGCAUUGCAUACUGUGUCCCAAUGGGAUUCUUCUGGCAGUUGGGAAGUUGUCAUCCAUGUACGAGUAGCACUUGUAAACUUAGUGGUGAACACUGAACAGCACAUGGCUUUCACAGAAGAUUCUGCUAGCAGGUGGGACGUUUUGCUUUGUUGGUUAACGUUGAUA